UCGCCUUUGCUGUUAGCCGUGCUAGGCUAACAAGCUAAGUUGUUAGCAUAUUAAGGGGAAUGGGCGUCUUAUUUGGCGCUGUGGUCACACCCGAACGUGCCGCCGCCCGGAAUGAACUAAGCGUCCAUGCGAAAAUGCGGCUGACAAACAGGACCAGGUUGCGAGUGCAGCGUUUUUGCGAAUAGUUCAUCGUCACUAGCCUGCGAGCUAGCUCGGUGGAAGUUAGCCUCGUCGCCAUGAGGUGUAGCCUCAAGAGCCGGAAGCCCACCGACACUUAAAAGUCCUUUUCUUUUUUUUGUUAAACCCCCCCUAGCUUCGAAUUCGUAACCAGCACAUUGUCCCGUAUGGUGUGAUUCCUUGUAAAUACUCUUUAUUUGUAUAUACUGUAAAUGAUGACGUCCAUGGGCGGAAACCGGGCCCGGGGCAGCUGGGAACAGACGCAGGGCCAGACUCAAGGCCAGACACAGCACAAGCAAAGGCCACAGGCUACCGCAGAGCAGAUCCGGCUUGCGCAGAUGAUUUCCGACCACAACGAUGCAGACUUUGAGGAGAAGGUCAAACAGCUGAUUGACAUCACCGGCAAGGACCAGGAUGACGCAAUGAUUGCACUGCACGACUGCAACGGGGACGUCAACCGAGCCAUUAACGUGCUACUGGAGGGUAGCCCAGACACUGAUUCGUGGGAGAUGGUGGGCAAAAAGAAAGGUUUGUCAGGCCAGAAGGAGGCCAGCCAGCCAGAAAUCGCAGAGGAAGGCAAAGAGAACCGGGAGAAAGAAAGAGAGAAGGAUGCAGCACGUCGUCGAGGCGGUGCUCCUCGCAGAGGCCGGGGGGCUACCAGAGGGCGAGAGUACAACUUUUCCUCAGUUCGAGGUCAAGAGAAUGGCUUGGAUGGAGGCAAGGCAGCACUGGCGGGAAGGGGAGCAGAGCGAGGGAGAAGGGGGCGGGGACGAGGAAGAGGGACCAUCGCUUUGGGCGAACUACGUCAAUCGUGUGCGCGGGGAAAGAUGCAGCCCGCCAGCAGCAGUGGAUACUUCAUCACAACAUCCGGUUUCGGAACGUCAGGACGGCGAGGAGGCAGAUUUUCAGCACAGGGCAUGGGAACCUUCAACCCCGCUGACUACGCAGAGCCAAGCCAGACCGAUGAAAACUAUAGGGGAGGAAGUAGUACCUGGAACAAUACAGGAAGCACGGAUCAGGAGGAAGGAGAACGAUCGGAAUGUUCUCCAGGAGAUGCAACGACUUACCCACCCAAGUUUGAAUCAGUUCCUGCUCCUGCAGGUCCGUGGAGAACGGCCACUGAAGAGUGGGGCACCGAGGACUGGAAUGAGGAUCAGCUCUCUGAGACCAAGAUAUUCACAGCUUCCAGCGUGGCGGCCAUUCCACCACCUCAAGAGAAUGUUACCAUCACCAAAGGACAAAGGAUUGACCUCGCGGUGCUCUUGGGGAAGACUCCUCCGUCCUCCUCAUCGGAAACAGAAACCCCCACAAUGGAGGCCGCCCAGUCACUGGUUUUCAGCAACUCCAAGCAGGCACCACCACUGUCCCAAACCACUUCCAGCACCCAGUACACUCAGCACAGCAUGGUCAGUAUGCUGAACAAGAGCUUUGGGGAUGUUGUGGAGCCUAAGGGAAGUAGCACCGGGACAACAGGCUCUCAGUUCCUGGAGCAGUAUAAAACAGCCCAGGCACUGGCUCAGCUGGCUGCCCAGCACUCUCAAACGGCACCUGCUAACGCCAACCCCUCAUCCUGGGACACCAGUGCCAACUCACGGGCACAAUAUGAUAUGAAGACUCAACCGGAGUCCGCCAUCCACACGCCUUUUGCAAAGCGGCAGCCCUUCCAAGCCGCCUCCACCACGUCGUCCAUGUUGGAUGUUUUCCUGCCUCCCUCGGCCUCUGCCUCUUCCACUGCUGUUUCUUCAUUGCCCUCGCUAACAACAUCCACAUCGCAUGCUGCAUCGCUGCCUGCUUCCUCCCUUCCAAAAAUGGUGUCUGGCCCAUCGCUAGGUCAGCAAGUUUCGCCGAGUCCCUCAGAUGCGCAAGGUUCCAGUCCGCUGCCUUUGCAGCAACACAAACUCAGAGUGCAAAAGAAGAGGACAUCCAUUGCAACAAAGAUUCCAGCCAUGGCGGUGGAAAUGCCAGGCUCAACAGACAUCUCAGGCCUUAAUCUACAGUUUGGAGCGUUGCAGUUUGGCUCGGAACCAGUGCUGCCAGAAUACGAGUCUGCCUCCAACGCUGCAUCCGUCACCCCCAUGCAGAACAGCCUCUAUUCAACCCCUAGCAGUGAGUCAAUUCCAGCUCUUUCCAACUCCAGCCAGAUGGAGCUGUAUGACCAGCGAGCGCCCCAGACUCGACGUUACCCGCCCUCUGUCUCAUCCUCCCCUCAGAAGGACAUGCAACACAAGAAUGGCUUCAGUUCCCUACAAGUGACGCAAUCUGUGGAAACUGCAGCAGGUUCUGCAGUGCCGAUCAAAGCUACGCCUGACUCGGUGGCACCAGCAGCGUUGACGGACAGCGGAUCGGGGUCCGCCUCCUUGCUGACAACAUCAAAUCAGGCGUCACUUAGUUCUCUGGGGCACAGUGAAGACCUGCCCCCGAGCACUAUGCCACCACCUCAGCACAACAACGUGCUCUCGUCACAACAGAACAGCCUUGCUCCAUCUUCAGGUCGAACUUCCAACUCGAGCUUAUUGCACCCCAAUGUCGACAGCGACUCCAGCCUCCAUUCCUCCUCCUUCCCUCCCUCCUCGGUUGUGUCGUCGUCUUCGAUCCCUACCGCCUCCUCGGGUGCAGCAGUGCAGGCGUCCCUGGGGGUACCACCGCAGGUUUCUCACGUGGGCUCCGCCUCCGUUUCGGCACCGUCUGGCCUCGGCCCCGUCAGCAACCUAACCAUGGGACUCAACAUGGCUGUCAUGGGCGCGCCAGCUGUGGCCUCCACCAUGUCAGCCUCAACAGCCGCUCCCUCCUCAGCGGCUUCCUUGUCCACGCGCAGCUCUGCAGCCGCCUCAGGGAAAGCACCUCCAAAUCUGCCACCCGGAGUGCCCCCUCUGCUGCCCAACCCGUAUUUAAUGGCUCCGGGAUUACUGCAUCCCUACCCUCCUCAGGUGUACGGAUAUGAUGACCUGCAGAUGCUGCAGACAAGGAUACCAUUGGAUUAUUACAGCAUUCCCUUUGCAACCCCAACAACAGCACUGACUGGGAGAGAGGCCAGCAUGACAAACAACCCUUAUUCUGGUGACUUAUCCAAGUUUGGUCGAGGGGAUGCGUCCUCACCGGCCCCAGCCACCACACUAGCUCAGACGCAGCAGAACCAGACCCAGACGCACCACUCGACCCAGCAGCCUUUCCUUAACCCAGGGCUGCCACCUGGCUACAGCUACACAAGCCUCCCAUACUACACUGGCAUGCCUGGCCUGCCCAACACCUUCCAGUACGGUCCGGCUGUGUUCCCGGUGAGAAUGGUGGCUCCUACCUCGGCAAAGCAGCAUGGAGUGAAUGUCGGCGUCAACGCCUCAGCCACACCCUUCCAGCAGCCUAGUGGCUAUGGUUCCCACGGAUACAGCACUGGCUAUGAGGAUGUGGGCCAGGCUUCAGGGAGUGGGGAUUUCUGUAAGGGCGGAUAUGGCAAUGCCGUUGCCGCCGCUGCUGCUGCCGCCGUCGCUUCUGCACAAAACAAGCCAGCCAGCUCUGUCACUGGGCCUGGAGUCGGAGUCUCUGUGACGUCAAGUAACACCGGAGUACCUGAUAUUUCAGGUUCUGUUUACACAAAGACACAGCAAUCAUUUGAGAAGCAGGGUUUCCACGCCGGCACGCCAGCCGCUUCCUUCAGCCUGCCAGCAGCUAUGGGAAGCGGGGGACCCAUCAACACCCCGGCUGCGGCGGGCUAUGCCCCACCGCCCUUCAUGCACAUCCUGGCACCGCAUCAGCAGCCCCAUUCCCAGAUCUUGCACCACCACAUGCAGCAAGACGGACAGGUAAAUGACUUUCCUAGCGGCACUGGCCAGCGCAAUCAGAACGCAUCCAUUCAGCAAAAGUCUCAGAUCAACAAGCCUGCAUACAAUUACAGCUGGGGGGCCAACUAACAUCCAUACCAUGAGCCCCUUUGCCAUUUUUCUUCAUGAGAAUUGGGGAGGGGCUCAUCAUAUCUCAUUGUGUAGAAAUUCCACCUGCUGAGAACCCCGCCCGUCUUUUUUCUUCCCACAAAGUUUGUGCUGGGCCGAGAACCCUGUCACAAAGCUGGGAAGGGAUGGGAGGGGCUUAGACAGAGGAGGCUGGAGCAAAAAAUUUGAGUGGGUUUUGUUAACCUGCCCACCCUGCCACCACCCUCUUACUUCCAUUUAUUUCCAUAUGUCAAAUGUUCACCUUUUAUGGUUCUUUUUGUUGUGGUCUCUACUCCCCUGCUGUUUUUUUUUUUUUUUACUAAUCUGGAGGAAUGAAGUAAAAACAAGAAGGUAGUAGUGGUGGCAACCCCCACCCCCCACAAACUAUUAAUUUGCUCAAUUUAUUCCCUCCCCUAUUUUUAUGUCAUUUUUAAGUUUUUUUGAAGAAACAAUUCUCUCAAUUGGUAGAGUUGCGAAAUGUAUUUUUUACUAAAUAUAGGUAUAUAUAUAAAUAUAUAUGAAGACUUAUAAAGCAAGCUCAGCAGACUGGAAUGAUGAGGAAAGUGUGUUCAUCAUGUGAUUGCGUGCAUGUCUGUACACACAUGGGGAGGGGGGUUGUGUACCGUGGAUUUUUUUUUUUUUUUACCGAGCGCAGACUUUUUUGUUUUUCAUAAUGUUAACGAAGAAAAAUCCCCCAUAAACCACAUGUACAGUAACUGUUACCAUUAAUGAUGAAUAAUGUCGUGUAACACGUAUUCUGCAAGACAAGUUAGAGGAUCCUUCCCGAGCCAAUACACACCCAGUCUGCCUUCCUGUGUGUUGUCUUUUAGUUUCCGAGACCCAACCUCCCAACCCCACCACUCCCCUAGUUUCAUUGCGCCUUCUCUCCAUGCACAUUUUAAGGAAAACUUACAGAAUCCAAUACUGAUGGACAGAAUUGUACUUAUGGGGCUUUUUUUGUCAGUGAUUUAUUUUUCUUUUUGUACUGUGCAUUUUAAGAAAAAUGUAAAUGGGUAAACUUGUCUUGUACAUACAUAAAACAAAAAAGUACUGUAGUGCCUGUUUGCUUUCUUCUCCAAAUCCUUGCAGACCUUGUUAGAUUUAUGUUUGCAUCUUUUUAUUUUUAUUUUGUACAAUAUAUAAAUAUUAAAUAAACAAGGGAAAGACAUUUUCAUCAUUUUUUGGAUGUGAAUGUCUUUGAAAUCCA